GUCGACUGCGUUGGCACUACUACAUUACCCAGAAGGCUACGCGCUCUCAUACGUCAACUGCAAUCACGGUUGUAUCUCCAACAUGGCGUCGCUGGGAAGGAGGCGCGGUGUCCCAGUAAGCAGGGAGAGGGGAGUGAUGGCGGCGACAGAUUGCUACAUUGUGCACGAGAUCUACAACGGGGAGAAUGCGCAGGACCAGUUUGAAUAUGAGCUGGAGCAGGCACUGGAGGCCCAGUAUAAAUACAUUGUCAUUGAGCCCACACGCAUCGGAGAUGAAACGGCCCGUUGGAUUGCCGUGGGCAACUGCCUGCACAAGACGGCCGUGUUGUCAGGCGCCGCUUGCCUCCUGACGCCACUUUCACUGCCUGUUGAAUACUCGCGCUAUGUGGCGUUGCCCGCUGGGGCCCUCAGCGUGGCGUGCGCCGCCCUCUACGGGAUUUCAUGGCAAUUUGACCCCUGCUGCAAGUACCAGGUGGAAUACGACAGCCAAAAACUCUCGCGGCUGCCCCUGCAUACACUCACCUCCUCGACGCCCGUGGUAUUGGUACGCAGGGAUGACGUCCACAGAAAGAGACUCCAUAAUACGAUAGCACUGGCUGCCCUGGCGUAUUGCGCCAAGAAGAUCUACGAACUCUAUGCGGUAUGAGUGCACUCUGAAGAGGGUUUAAGAACCAAGAGAAAAAAGGAAAAAACAAACAAAAAAACGGAACCUAUCCACCCCCAGAUGUAAGAAAAGUGGAAGUCUUGAUCAGGCCCAGCAGUUAGCUCCACACGUGGUGGGUGCUUCCAUUUUGAACUUUGAUCAGAGGGAUAUAGUUAAAACUAGAAGGAAUUGUUUUUUCCCUUACCUUUUUCUUUACUUCUAUGUGACAUCAACAGCACACGUAUCUCCGUAGUACCCUUGCGCCUCCUCCCCGCGCCCUCCACCUGCAUCCUUGACACACAAGCAAGUGCACAAGGGUACGGCAGCGGUUCAUCUGAAUUGAAUUGUAUUGCAGUUGAAACGGACCGACAUGUUUUGAGUACCGAGCUCUUUCCCCCUUUCCCUCGUAGUUUUACUGUACCCCUUUCUUGCUGAUCAGUACAUCACCCUUUCAUUAAACAUUAGGAUAUUUCAAACUAACUUUUCUGUACUUUAUUUUACUUUUUUCAUUAAAUGAAUUCUACAUGAUGUCCAGAAAAGAGCAAAUAGCUGCAACUUAUUUGAGAUUGUGUCUUGUUCAUGUAGAUAUUCUUGUUUAAAAGAGUGCAAAAAAAAAGAUCUUAUGUGACUAUGA